AGCCGCUUGGCUGUCUGUAAAAUUAUAUAUAUUUCUCGUCGUAAGGUUUUACGGAAUACGAUAAAAAUUGGGGUAUUUGAAGUUCUGGAAAUUGUCACAUAACUAAGAACAAACUUAGAGCCUUUAAGAAUCCUUCAAAUUAGGAACAGACAGAGCUCAAGAGGAUUUCUGUCGAAUUACAUAAAAUAGUAUAGACAUAGCCAUUACAGUUCUACGAGAAAACUUGUAAUAUUGUUGAUUUUCGGCCCAAAAUUUGAUGUGAUUCUAAAGUUAAGAUUUUUGCAGCCGAGUACUUCAUAGCUACUUUUGAACAAAAAAUUUCCUUGUAGGAUGGCGAUACAAUAACUUACACCGCCGACGCGACGAGUUAAUGAACAACGCUUACACGCUCGUGCUGUCAGAUUUUUACGGUGUUUAUUAGAAAACAAUGAAAUGGUUGGUCCACAAAUGGGUUGAGUAUAUUUAGAAGCGAGUGUCUGUAUGGAUGUGAGCAUAUUUGUAUGCGUUCGCAUAUAUUUGCGCGUUGGGGAAAACAAAUGAAUUCAUUGCUUGCGCUUUUCCAUAUGGUCCACGACGGUAUGGACAUACAUACAGACAAAUGAAAGUGCUAGCGUCCAAGCACAACCCUAUCAGUGUCUAAUUUACGCCGCACUACAACAACAACAACUGAAUUAAAGAGAUACACCGGAGUGGAUUUGUGCCAGUGUUAGAUAUAUCUUCAUUAGAUCGGUUGAAAGCCGCAAAGCCAUAUGUUUCUAUGUGCAUAUGUACAUAUACGUGGAUAUGUAUGUCUGUAAACGCGUGUUGGUUGGCGCAUAAGUAUAAUGAUAUACAAAGAGCUAUAAAAUUAAAUAAACGAAGCCAAAAUUAACAUGCGCUCCACAAUAGCAACAAUGCUCCAACUACGUGUCUUCUGAAGUCGUAAUUUCAAAUAUCAUAUGGUCCUAGCCGCCACCCACACACUGUAACUCCCGUGCAACGAAAUGCAGGUGUUUUAAAUCUCAGGCAACCUGCGCAAUUGGCAUAUCCGGUCGGAGUAUGGGUUGCCAGUUACAAUUCAAAACGCUGUCGCACUGCCGGUUGGAGAAUCAGUUUUCGCCUUGCCGUUGACUCGUCCAGUUGUGCACUUCCAAUCCGUUCGGCGCAGCGUGUGUCCGCUUAGUGAAUUGAACUGCGCUGUAGUGUCAAGCUGAAGUUGUUGUCAAUAGUUUUUGUGCUUUUGACUUUGGUUCUCACUAAAAGUGUAGUUUAAUUGGAAUCAAGAAAACGCUCCGUCGCCGCGUAGUAAUGAUUCCAACGCCGAGUAUUUUGAAUAGCAGUGUGCUUCUGUCCUGUCUGUUGCUGUGUUUUCUACAAGUGGACUCCAUACAUACCGAGGAGGGAUUGGAGCUCUUAUUUCGAGAAAGAUCACAAUCGGAUUGGGAAAAUGUCUGGCAUCAGGAGACACACUCACGCUGUCGCGACAAAUUGAUACGUCAACUGUAUUGGGCUUGUGAGAAGGAUAUUUAUCGGUUGACACGACGCAAUCGCAAGCGCACGGAUGCUGAAGCAAUGCAGAAAAGGAGCAAACCAAUCGCACGCACUUGGCUACAAUUGGACUAUGUCAACACGAUGCUGCGCACACGACGUGCCGGUGCACCGUCGAUUACGAAUGAGUGUUGCACUAAGGUUGGCUGCACCUGGGAGGAGUACGCCGAGUAUUGCCCAUCGAACAAGCGACGCAAUCAUUACUGAGAUGAGGAGGAAACCAAAGCGGCUGGCAAAGUGGAUUGAGGUCUAGACUAUAGCGGAAAAAAAUGUAUGCAAGAGCAGGAAGAGGAAGUAGCGUGUAAAGGUGGAAUCGAAAUAAUAUGUGUAGGCAAAUAUUUGGUAAAUAUGGUUGAAUAGAAAAAAUUAAAAUAAAAUAUUGACGAAAUGCUUGUAAAAUAUUAUAGAUACUAAAUACUCCUAGUUAAAUGUACGCACUGUAUAAAUAUAUGUAU